CCGAAAAUUGUAUUCACGUUAAUAGUAAAAUAAGGUAAAGCAAAAUAUAUCGAUAUCAUUAGAAGUACUUUGGACAGCAGGUUAAUUUAAUCCGUAUAGAAAAUAAAUGUGGCUGCAAUUACUUGUGACCACAAAAUGUAAUUUUGAAUCGGAUUCGGUUAACCGUUUAAUUAAACUAUGAGUCGUCUUUCCUUCAAGGAAGCAGGCACGUCCGUUUAAUUAAUUGCUUAUUCCUUUAGGGUUAAUUAUUAAUGAAUACCCCAUUAUUGCAGUAACUGCAGCGUCCAGAGAUAGAAGGAACUAAUUAACUUCCGGGAUGCUUCUGAUUUAAUUAUCUUUUUCACUCAUCCAGUACAAAGUAAUGAAUUCCUUAUACAUUGUACCUUGGACAUGAAAUGAUUGUUCCUAUUUUCCACUUAUUAUUAUAAAUCCGUAAGGGGAACAGCUUGCAUUUUAUCGUAUUCGUGCCCAUGCGUCGCCUCGUGUAAUCUAAUCGAGCCUUGAUAUGUAAUAUAUCGACUCUACCGUCGUAUGACUUCUCUUCUGAGUAACCGAUUCGUAAGAAUUGUCCAGAAAUUUUCCUUAUCUCGAAUGAAAGCCGUUAUCUUCCCAGACGAUAGUGAACGAAAAAUUCUCAGACGUGGAUUUUCCGGACACGUGGACACUUUAGGGAAAAUAAAUUACAGUUGUACUUGGCCGAUUGCGGUCUCGAAUAAAUUGAUUACGCGAUCGGGAACAACAAUGCGACUGUGCACACUCGGAUUCGAUGCAAGACAGCAUUGAGCUUUUUUUCUUUGUUAUGCGGGUUAUCGCACGGGGCUCCCUCUUAUCGGGUUGAGGCUUUUUCAACGAUACGUUCCGAAGGAGCCGUGAUCAUCCAAACAUGAGUUUUCAGUAGUAAUGUUAUGCGCGAGAGGCAUCUUCUUCAGGACGUCGCUACGCGCGCGGGGCGUCACCAUCAGCUCUUCUCUCAGGAGGACCAGAAGUCUGAACGCUCCCAGUCCCAUCCAGCAAUUCGGGCCAUGCGGACGUAUCAUGAAAAAUUCAGCGAUGGUCAUGACCAUCCAGGAUCCGGCCUCACAGAGGUUGACGUGGUACAAGCCUCCACUUACAGUUCUGGUGAUUAAGAAGGUUCGGGACUCGUCAGUGCUGCCACCAUUUGUUCAAUUGGUUACAUGGCUGAUCGAGGAGAAAAGAAUGGUCGUCUUCGUGGAGGCCUCGGUGUUGGAAGACCCUACGUUGGCACGAGAUCUCAGGUUUCGAGGUAUUCGCGACAGACUUCAGACAUUCAGGGAUGGCACUGACGAUCUUCAGGAUCGAAUCGACUUUAUCGUCUGUCUGGGAGGAGAUGGGACGCUCCUUUACGCAAGCCUGCUUUUCCAGCAGUCGGUGCCACCCGUGAUGGCUUUUCACCUAGGGUCCCUAGGAUUCCUGACGCCCUUUGAGUUUGACAAUUUCCAGGAACAAGUCACCAAUGUCUUGGAGGGUCACGCAGCCUUAACUCUGAGAAGUCGUCUUCGGUGCAUAAUUAUGCGCAAGGGGGAGGAAGGCCAGCCAACGAAGCCGCCGACGAAUUUGCUAGUGCUCAACGAGGUCGUGGUCGACCGAGGCCCAUCUCCGUACCUUUCGAACAUCGACCUCUUCAUCGACGGGAAACACGUAACCAGCGUGCAAGGCGACGGACUGAUCGUGAGCACACCUACAGGCUCUACGGCGUAUGCAGUUGCAGCUGGAGCUAGCAUGAUCCAUCCUUCGGUGCCCGCGAUCAUGAUCACACCCAUCUGUCCUCAUUCGUUGUCCUUCAGGCCAAUCGUAGUCCCUGCAGGAGUGGAGCUGAAGAUCUCGGUCUCGCCGGACAGCAGAAACAUCGCGUGGGUGUCCUUUGACGGCAGAAACCGCCAGGAGCUCUUCCAUGGGGACAGUCUCAGGGUCACCACGUCGAUUUAUCCCGUCCCCAGCAUCUGCGCAGCCGACCAGAUCACCGACUGGUUUGACUCCUUGGCAGAGUGCCUUCACUGGAACGUGCGGAAAAGGCAAAAGCAUUUGGACGAAUUGAGCGACCUGACCCACUCUUCCAGCAACGACACCCUGGACUCUUUGGACCGCGACAGUUAGGCCGAGGUCAGCGCCAAAGUCGAGAAGUAGCAAUCGCAGUGAUGUCUAAAAAGGAGCGACCUGCAGCAAGGGUGGAGGGCGAGGCCCUGUUCUCGGCUGCUUCGAGCUUUCCAAGUCUCUCUAGCCUGUUUUGGACUCGAAUUUCAUUUUCCUUCAGUGGUCCAAAAUCGGUGUCCCAGCUUAGACGCCUCUGAGGCAUCGGACGAAACGCGCAUGGAAUUUUUGUCUUGCGUCAAAGUGCGCCUCACUGAACAAGUUCAUGUCGAACCUUCAAGGAGUUGCUUUGCGCAGAUGGAAGCAGGACGUAGCAAAUGGCUGUGCAGACGAAACUGCCCCGACAGGCCUGGCUCUCUAGAUAGUCUCUUUGAGUGAUCUUCUUGGAACCCUUCCGGCUUAAAAUUGGAACUGCCCUCAAGAGCUUACGUCACCGGAUGACGUCUUCGAAGAAGUUCCGUGCGUUUCUAGACCUUAACUUUUAAUCUGACGGAUAAACCGAUAGCCUGCUUCCGAUCUGUCCUCGAAUCUUCUUCUAACCUGCCAACCUUUUGUAGUAAGAUUACGACACCGACUGUCUAAAAGCUCUUUCAAAGAGCGAUCCUCGAGGACCUUGUCCGCAAUUAUUACGUAAAAUAGUUCUUGUCGAGAUAUGAUAAUACGUAACCGACUCUGCAUUUUUUUUCUUUUUUUCUUUCUAUCGAAAAUUCAUUGGAGUCUAUUCCUGUAAUAACGAGCAGAAUUAUCCGUAAAGAUCAACUUCUCGCGAGUCCUGGGGGACAUUUUCAUUCUUUUUUCUUUGCGGGAUCAUCUCGCAAUAAGCACGGACUUUUGUACUUAGCGAUCCUGUCCUCGUCAUCGAGACGGACUUUGGCAUCGAGCAAUGGCGUCCGCUUUUGAUAAUAAUCGUUACCUACGUUUAAGACAUACGAUGGUGUUCGUUCUAACCGGUAGAGGGACACGCUUAUUUAUUUAAGAUCGUCGCAAAGGUGGGCCAGGGUUCAAAAUGCCAGGAGCGGAUAUCGCGACGGUGAAUAUCCCUGGAUGAUUGUUCAUGGAUUCGGGAAUUGAAUCGCGUUUUGUAUAAGCCUACGGCUGGCGAAGGCCAAAACCGAUUUACCGUAGAUCUUAGGGACUCACUAUUACCACGCUGGAUUCAUCCCUGACCGGUCUGUUUUAUGUACAUGUUGAAAAAGACAUCCCCACUAAUGAAUUCUUUUAAUAAAGUCAUUUUUCUA